AUGCCAAUCAAAUCAUUCCGUAGCGACGUGCAUGCUGCCGCCGCCUCGCAUGACUACCCACGCCUGAGUAAAAUCCAGCCCGGAGAGUUCGAUGGCUCGGUCGCUUUCAUUUUCCAAGACCCGGAAUUGGAGGCCAAAAUCGAGUUCCAGGCCGUUGUAUCUGACGCUUCCGAUUACCCCAAAGCUCACAGCUUUGUGGUCUUCACAUCUUCUGAUAAUGUCGCUGCCCCUGUUACUAAGGCCUUGGAGCACGCCCAAGACAGCGGCGUCUUCGCCCGCGCUUCUGUCGGUGAAGUUUUGUUUUUAAUCGAUCGCAUGGUCUACAAUACACUUCAUGCCACGAAAGAGUCAAUUGAAAAGUCGGACCAGGAGUCUGAAUAUGUCCACAGCGAUAGUGAAGACAUUGAAGAUUUCUCUGACGGUGAAACAACAUUCGGUCUUUACAAGUCUGUUCCCAGACUGGCACCUCUAGUUCUUGCUCGGCUUCGCCAGGAUCUGCGUCUUGUCAAGGAAGCGGGGUUCAAGGUUGGCUAUGUAGGAAGCCAGAAAAGCGAACUUAUCUUGUCCAUCGCUCGCCGCAUUUCCAAGCUGGGUAUCUCAGAAGAGGCUAUGCAGACAUGGUCUGUACAAUCCUCAGAAUACCUGGUGCUCUUGAUUCGGUAUCCCCACGGAUAUCAGAAUAUGCAAAAGAUCUUCGAAAUGGGUGACCAAGCAGACACAUUUGUUCAAAUGCGUGUCGGACUUUGUGACUCUUAUCGACCUGCGACUUUCAAUGAUGCUCUUCUCCAAUUCCUCCCAUUCAGAUCUCCUCGAUUAUUCCCACAACCACACACAACCAAGACGACGUCCUCGGCACCCUGGCCACUCAAGAUUAGACCCGAAGACGAACCAGCCGGGUCAUCCAAUGCACCCGAGCCAGUAUCGACUGAACCAGAGCCUGUGAAUAACAUCAGGCCAGUGUUUAUCGGGGCGGCACUACACAAACUUCUCAAUGAACGGCUGUUCAGAAUCCUCUCUCUCCGGAAAGAGCAUGGCAUUUCAUGGACAAGCGCGGAGCUCUUGUUUCAAUUCUGCCAAGGCAGAGCGCCUGCUCCCGAAGAUGCAAGCGAUCCUCAGUUUCACCAGGAAGACACUUGGUUAUCGCCUCCGACCAGCCUUCUGACCUCGGAUCAUUACAAGGAAAUGCAACUUGAUUUGAGCAAAACAUCAUUCCCUCUUGUUGUUAUGCAGUUUUUCCUUCGUCACUUUGUUAGGUGCACAGAGUUCUGUCUUGUUUGCCACUGCAAGACCGGAGACCAGGUUGAGUCCUUAAAGCCAUAUGUCUGUUCCCGAGAGUUAUGUCUCUAUCAGUAUAUGAUUUAUGGACUGGGUCCUUGUCUUGAACACGAAAUUCGAACACAGCCACUUGUUGUCGACUUGCUUAUAUCUUUGGCAUACGCCAGAGCGCACGCAGGUCUCCUUGAAGAUUUUCCAACGGGCUUAGGUAUCAAGGUUCCUUCCACACUUGUUAGCCCCUCUUAUCUCAUUGCUCGUCUGAAUUUAUCCAAGAUGACCAUGGAUUUUCCAGAGCUUUCCGCAAGUGGAAUCAGGCUGGGCGAUUGGAUUUUUAUCGAAAACGAUGUGAAUGGCAGUCCGAUUCUCUCCCACUUCCGAGUGAUCGAGAUCGACAGAACAAAGAACCGUCUCAGCCUUACAACCCCGUUUAAGGCUACGAGCUCAAAAAUCGACAAUGUGCCUGAUAAAACUGAUGUGAAUUUUGUGCGUUAUGAUCAGAAUUUCGAUCUUUUGGGACCUUUUGAGAAGCAGAAGAUGAUGAUGAUCAUACUGGAUACUCUUCCGAAAGUCUCAGAAAUGGUGGAUUUCCUGGGAAGUUCAAGUUCUGAGAACUCACUCGCAUUAUGGCGCGAGCGGAUAACUCCCGCUGCGCAUGAUAUGCUCCGUUGGAUCAUUGCAUCCAACCGAUCGUGUAUUCUUCAAGACCAUGCUGAUCCAAGUCACCUCAUCCGCGGAAUGAAUGGUUACACACAGUUUCUACUUGUUCAGGGUGCCCCUGAUAAAGAAGAACGCUUUCUGCGUGCUAUCGAAAUGCAAGCCUUGAUCAAAAACAUGAAGAAACCAACAUUAUUUGCAUGGCAUGGAAGUCAAGUCUGUAAUUGGCACAGCAUUUUACGGGAAGGGCUCAACUUCAAAAAAAUCACCAAUGGUAGAGCGUGCGGUGACGGCGUUUAUCUGUCCAGCAUUUUCGACAUCUCCAUGGGCUACAGUCGUGAAGCUUUGCCUCACUCUAACUGGCCACAUAGCGAGUUGUGUGUUGCUCGUGUGCUCUCCUUGAAUGAGGUAGUCAACAGCCCGUCACAAUUUGUCUGUACCAAGCCGCACUUCGUUGUCAAACAGCUGGACUGGAUUCAACCGAGAUAUCUGUUUGUCGGACAUCAUACCGUUCUUCCGCAACACACACCCGCUCCCAAGGAAUCCAUUCCAUAUUAUGAGCAGGAUAAGAAUUACCUAGCCAGGGGCCCAAGCAACGUACCCAUUACAAUUCCCCUAUCAGCAUUCAGCAGUCAACGUCGUCGACUAUUUGGUAUCGAGACUCCAAACUCGUCAAAUUCGCGGUUGAUGGUUCCAGACGCCCCGGGUGGUCAAGAAGUAUUCAGCAACCCACCUCAAGAUGAUUGCGUGAGCGUUUUAACGGCAACAACUGAUCUCAAUCUAUUGAUAUCCGACGAUGAACUUGAGGAUGAGAUAUUCGAAAAUGCUCCUGUUCAGUCUUCCCGGACUCGGCUUGAAGAGAACGAGCAAUUGCUUGUUAGUCCUCGUACUUCGGUAUCUAAGACGGAUUUUGUCCCAGAUUGCUUGGAUAGAGAAACCCUACCAUUGAUUGCACUGCCACGUUAUGCAUCUACGCCUGCCACGAGAUUACUUCAAAAGCACUUCCAGGCAGUACUGAAAACACAGGAAAAGGAGGAUCUUGCAGAACUCGGUUGGUACAUGGAUCCCAAUGUUAUCACCAGUAUGUAUCAAUGGAUUGUUGAGCUACACAGCUUUGAUCCUGCAUUGCCCUUGGCACAGGAACUCAAGUCCGCUCAUAUGCAAAGCGUUGUGCUUGAGCUUCGGUUCCCACCCCAGUUUCCCAUAGACCCACCUUUCAUUCGAGUGAUCCGCCCACGAUUCUUGGAGUUCGCAUUCGGGGGAGGUGGACAUGUUACCGCCGGAGGAGCCAUGUGUAUGGAACUUCUAACCAGCUCAGGCUGGUCCCCAGCAAUUUGCAUAGAGAGCGUUCUGUUGCAAGUUCGUAUGGCUCUCAGCAGCACAGAUCCUCGACCGGCGCGCCUGGCUAUAGGAGGUCGCCAGGAUUAUGGAGUCGGUGAAGCAGUCGCUGCCUUCAAGAGAGCUUGCCGGGCUCAUGGUUGGCAAGUUCCCCGUGACAUGGAUCUUAUGGUACUUGGAUAA